AUGGCACCAUCACGAACACUUUCUGCUCCGACAGUUCAGCGAGAUCUAGUACCCUACCACCAAUACCGAGCAAGGCAGAGGCGAGACGCCAGCAUGGAGGGAGAGUCCGUCUGGGAUGAAGAGUUGGAAGAAGCCUUCAUGGAAGCUAUCCAAAAGAUUCCCAAGAUUGGUCGGCGAAAGUUGUCAAUGGAGGGAAAGCCAUGUGGAAGAAAUGAGCUGAUUGCGGACUACAUCUUCAAAGUCACUGGCAAGCGGAGGACAAGGAAGCAGGUAUCGAGUCAUAUCCAAGUCUUGAAGAACCUACUACGACACAAUCCAGACUUCAUGAAGCACGUUACAACAGAGAAUCAACCCCCCGAGUGGGACGCAGACUCCGGAGCUUGGGAUUCGAAUAGUCCGCCGGAUAUGAGAGAACCAAGUCCUAAUAUCCACACUAUUUCCAUCUCCCCUAGUCGUGCCCCAAGCUCCCGCAGCAAUGCUUCAGAAAUAAGCCUAUUUGAUAGUCCACCAGAGUUCUUCACACAAUUUUCAGAUGCGCCCAGGAUCAGACCGACUAACUUUGCAAUGUGGGUGGGAUCACCAUCCCAGGUUGGGGGAGUUGACGGGUGCUUUCACUCCUACACCCGACUCACCCAGGACGACGCAGUGUUACCAGCAGCGCCUAUUUCGUCGAUCCCCGAGUGGAGGGCGCGCUUUCCGCAUGUUGCGGAUGUAAUCAACACCGAGUCAUUCGAGACUUGCCCGGUAUUACACUUUCAAGCCAGCGUGUCAGUCAUGUCUGAACUCCCCACGCAAUCGUCAAUUCUCUGCACAGAGUUCGAGCCAUCCCAGGAAUGGGAGUGCAUUACCCGCAUAUACGCACCUGGCAAGAAGGUAUGGGAACUGUCACACGCAGUCGAUGCUACUGCUGGGAUGGACGGUAGCAGAAAGCUUACCCUCCCAUUCGCCUCGGAUUUCUGGGCUGCAUUCUACACCGGACUCUCGUCCUCGUCGCCGUCCGCAGCUGCACCCCCCCACCACCGCCAGCACCAGCCAGAUCGGGCCGCUGCCGCUGACCAAACCGAGAAGCUGCGCCGCAGACGCGCAAAAGAGUGUAGGGCCGCGAUUAAAGGUAUCACCGUCGUGCAGGAACUAUUCUGUUCUACUCCUAUCACUACCACUUCAGCCCUAUCUGUUGCAGGGCCCAGAGAACGGGCGGCCCUAUUCCUCUGGGACUUCUGCAAAGCGGAGACAGGCCAAGCAGGGAAGACAACUUGGCGGGAGGUUAUUCCCCCAAGUCCGGUGCUGAGUGCGGGUGUAUUGGCAAGCUCGCCCAACAGCAUGAGGGGAGGAGCAAUACUCCCUAGCGAAGUAAACGCAGGCAUGAAACUAAAUGGGGGGAACGGGGGCGAAGGGGGAGCAUGGGGAGUGGUGCAGAUGCCCCUGUCGCCAUUCGAUCCUCUAUCGCCAAUGUCCCUAUCCUCGUACUACAACAUGGUCUCCCAGCCACCUUCUGCUACAAUCACGCCCACCACCACUUCCACGAGCAUCUACUCUCCUGUAGUUUCUACCGCCGCUACAAACCAGGGCCAAUCACAGGCCUUGUCUUUGGCUAUUGCUGACGUCAAUUUCGCCUUCGACAUACACACUCACCAUCACCAAUCCUCUUCUCUACCUCCCUUCAACACCGGCCUGCUCUCGUCCUCGGCUGCAACGGCCUUGCCGGAUCCUUCCGAUUACUUCACUUCAUGGCCGCAAGGGUUUUCUCCUAUAUCGGAUCACGGCCAGCUUCAUGUAGUAUAG